UUAUCUAUCAGCUCAUAAUUUUAUCUUUCCUUCAUUCACAAUUCAACAGCUUUACAACAGCUAGCUAUCCCGCACCAGGUCAACUCCAGCCCCAGCACCACUUCCCAUUCAUUAUCCACCAUGCCACCCCGAGCCUCCGCCGACUGCGACGAGCCCAGCCUCAGAGACGCCUCUUGGACCUCCUACGAAACUGAAGCCAACAAGAUGAACGGUGCCAUCUCCGCCAGUCAGCUUAAUAAUAACAACGAAGAUACCCCCUCCCGCACCAUUCGCGUUUCCUUUGCGCCCACCGCUAAAGUCCGCCAAAUUGUCAAAAUCACGAGGGAGCAAGCCAAGGAUGUGUGGUUCAACAACGACGACUUUCAACGCAUGAAAAAGUCCUUUGCUCCCACUGUGCAGCUCAUGGCGGCGGGUGCCCUGACACCCGAGGAAUCCGCCAACAGCGAAGAGCACUGCACCCGCGGACUGGAAUACCGCACCAAAGAUGGCGCCCGUCGUCGCAUGAAGAACAAGUAUGACGGCAUGGCCGCAGUACUUCACGAACAAGACCGUCAGCUAUUUGAAGACACCCGAGACGACGAACAGUUGGCCAAGGUAUACAUCGAUGUCAACUGCAAGUGCUCCUUUGAAGCAUUGGCGUUGGGACGAAGAGACGAACAAGAUGUCAAGGAUUAUUUGACCGGCAAGGGAGAAUCUUCCGAACGCUCCGCAGAUGACAGUACGGUAGCUUCCACUUCCUCCAGCGCAUCGGUGCCGGCUGCUCCCAAGCGAUUCCAAAAGCUCAAGAGCUCCGGUAGCUUCCAUGAGCGCAGCCUCCGAAGCAGUUUUAAAGGACUCAAGCGGGUAUUCAGCGGAUCCAAAUUGCUGCGUAGGAAUCAACCAACUACCGCUGUGGCAUGAACAAGCACCCCAAUGACAAGACAUGACUUGACACAUACGCGCUAAUUGUCCAUCUUUCGACAACCGAAAGAGAUAACCCUUCAAGGAGGACGCCCAGCUGGGGCCGCGGUACGGUACGAUAUUCAUAGUAUUCGUUCAUUGCGUUAUCCGUCACGAAACUGUGCCGGUGCUGUGGGGCACAACGAUGGCGUUCAAUCCGUCUCCUCUUCCCAGAUGCCUAACUAAAACCAAACCGGAAAUUCUCUGUAAUUUUAUUAAUUUCAAAUAUAACAUUCUCAU